AUGUUCUUCUGGUCAUCAAAGAGCGGUAUAAGCUCUAAAUACUCAUUGUCAUCCUCGCCGACUUUUGUCGCUGAACCCUGGAGCGUUUUUACUGGUAGACCAAAAAGCAGCAGCACGUCCACUCGAACUUCGAAGGUCUCUGUUUUCGUAUUUGAUAAGAAACGGUUCGAGAAUUAUCUUCUGACUUACGGUAUCAUUAGAUCGAAGAACUCCUCCGCCGACAAGACAUUAAUUCAAGAGGCCUAUGAAAUACUUAGAAAGCAAGUGAGCAACCUAGCAAAGCUUAAACAUCCCAAUAUCCUUGGUCUAAUUGAGCCCCUGGAAGAGCAUAGCAAGAAUUUUAUGUUCGUAACGGAGUAUGUGACGGGAUCGUUGGAAAGCGCUUUUGGACAUAAAGACGAAGAAACCAAUUUUUUCAAAGGGCAUGUGAGUGAAGAGAUUGUGAUCCAACGAGGUAUCCUGGAAAUUGUUCAAGCGCUUGAUUUUAUUCACAAUAGAGCUAGCAGCGUUCAUUUGGGUAUUGAACCAAGAACAAUAUUCAUAAAUGAGAACUUGGAUUGGAAAGUUUCCGGAUUGGGUCAUUUACUCAAGCUUCCACAAGGUACCAUGACUAGUGAAUAUUAUCUACCUCAAUAUGACCCAAGAAUACCUUCCUUUGUGCAUUUAGAGCUGAAUUAUACUGCACCGGAAAUUGUUCUUGAUAAUACGUUGUCAUUUAAAAAUGAUUACUUCUCGCUGGGGUCUUUGAUAUACAUGCUUUACACGGGAAAGGAUCUACUAAAUACUGAAAAUUCUGCAACACAAUAUAAGGAAGAGUACUCAAAAUUUGAAAGAAAGCUUGGCUCUAUGUCAUGGAAUAACGUUUUCAGUAAACUGCCUACAGAAGUCAGGCAUUGCAUACCACAACUGAUGAACAGGGAUAUAUACUCGCGAUACGAUAACAUAAGUGACUUUUUGCAAACUCAAUUUUUCCAGGAUCCAUUGCUCAAGACUCUCAACUUUUUGGAUGAUCUUACAACAAAGACUAACGAAGAAAAACUGGUGUUUUUAAAAGGGCUGGUUGAACUAUUACCAAAGUUUCCUGUUUCAAUUUUACAACGUAAAUUUUUAACUGUUCUGCUUGACUUAUUAGGUCAUUUUUGUAAGCCAAACAGCGUAGACAGUGCGUGCAUUUCGGUAAACGUCGAAUUAUUGAUCAAAAUAGGAGCUACAGUGUCUCAAUUAACUUUUCAGGAACGUAUUUUACCCGUAUUGACAAAUAACUCAGAUUUUGAAAUUAUUUUGAAAAAUACAACACUCACUUUGAUAGAAAACUUGGAUAUCCUUAAAGAAAAGAUAAAAAAAGAUGAGUUUCUAGAAACAAUCGCCAAGCCACUGUUGACUUAUGUGUUCAAAGACAUGAACAGUAAACAGGAUAUUAUUGCGCAGGAGCAAUUACUAGGGAAACUGAAUAUCAUAUCUGAGCUUUUCGAUUUCCUAACUACAAAAAAUUUCUUGAUGCCGCUGUUAAACGAUCUGUUCACUAAAACGGUAAGUCUUACCGUAAAGGCAGCAUGCGUUUCUGCUUUCCAACUACUAAUUGAGAAUAAAAAUGUCGAUCCCGAUAUUAUCUGCGAGGAUAUCUUACCCUUAUUCAGAUCCAUGAAAACUAGAGAAAGUAGAAUAAUGGUGCAAUCACUGAGGUUCUUUGAAGCUGUGCCACAAAUCGUCAAGCAAGAAAACUUACUAGUGGAACAAUUACUACCAUUAUUGUGGACCUACUCAUUGGCAACAAGUUUGCAAGUGGAUCAAUACAAGCUGUAUUGUGCUGUCAUUAACAGACUGUCAACUGAGAUUCAGCGAAAUCACCUUCAAAAAAUGCCAAAGACAGACGCGAAGACCAGCUUGGAAGGAACAAACGGGUUCAAGAAUCUAAUUGAGCCAAAAGCAGUGAAAAAAGAAGAUUUGGAUUCCAAGGAAGCUAGCAGGGUUGGCGUACCCGCAAUUCAACCUCGGAAGAAGCACGCCCAAAUUCCAUCGAGAACCAUCGCCCAAAAGUCGCCAUCGAGGCAAACAUUGGAGUCAAAUACAACAAGAUCUGCGAGAGGAGUACAAAGAAAUCAAAUUACACCAGCACCAACCCAAAAGCAGGCCUCCCUACAGAAAAGUGACGACGAUGAUUUUGACGACUUUGUAUCUGCAAGCAACACACCACCUGCCACGCGUCCUCAAGUGGUAGGCUACGGAACUGAAAGGAGUACUACUAAAUCUGGCGGCAAUACGAAAGGUAACACAGCUUUGAAAACGCCCACAUCCACCUCAUCGCUCUCAUCAACCUCAUCACUGCCGCCGGGGUUUUCUGUCUCUUUGAAACCGAACCGAAAGAUAACACCUCCGGGCUCCCAAGACAGGGGAGCAAGCGGAUUCCCAGCACUGAUAUAG